GAGCGAGACAAAAGAGGCUGCGGCUGCAUUCAAUGUGCUGGUGGUGUGUCCGUCUCCGAAGCCACAAGCAAACCACAUCACCCCCCACCACCUCCUCCUCCUCCACCUCCUCCUUCUCCACCACCACCACCUCCUCCUCCUUCCUCUCUGGCCUGUUCUCUACGAGACAAGACGGCGAAAACACACAGGAGAGAGGGGACAGUGUAAUUGCUGGAAGCGCGAAGUUGAAGCGCUCCCUCGGACCUGCGGCGGAGGCUUUCCUUCUUCUUCUUCGGCUCCUUUUUUUCUUGUUCUUCUUCUUCUUCGUUCUCUUACCGUACACUACUCGCUACACGUCGAGUGCGGUGCGGUAGCGGCGGUGGCGGCGGCGGUGUGGGGUUGGAGAUAUAACCCAGAACAAAGGAGUCUUGAAGCGAGGAAUGAGCGAGCCGAGACUAGCUUUGCCAUUACCUUUGAAACCGGGCCAAAUGCCUCUCUGAGACCAACAAUAGUACGUCGCGGCUGCUCGUAUUUCUCGACGAAGCAUUCCGCCCCAAAGGAGAGCCAGAAGAAGGACCCAAAACAAUACAAUUUAAAAAAAAAAAAGAAGAAGAAGAAGAAACGCACAUUGAAAGACACAAAAGUCGGCGGUUACAAUGUUCCCUCAAAACCGACCACCGGCACCUCUACAGCCACCACCGGGGUCUUCAGCUUCAGUGGUGGCAGCAGCAGCAGCGGCGGCAGCUGCAGCAUCUGGGACGCCCCAAUCCCUGAAACUAACCUACCCAGAGACUCUAGACCGCAUCAAGGAGGAGUUUCAGUUCCUUCAGACCCAGUACCACAGUUUAAAACUGGAAUGUGAGAAAUUGGCUACAGAGAAGACAGAAAUCCAGAGACACUAUGUUAUGUAUUACGAGAUGUCCUAUGGCCUUAACAUUGAAAUGCACAAACAGACUGAGAUUGCCAAGCGGUUGAACGUGAUCUGUGCUCAGCUCAUCCCAUUCCUGUCACAGGAGCACCAACAACAGGUGGUCCAGGCCAUGGAACGCGCCAAACAGGUGACCAUGGGGGAGUUAAAUGCUUCGAUAGGGGUACGUGGGCUCCCCCCUCUGCCUCAUAGCCAGCAGCUUCAGGCUCAGCACCUCUCCCAGCAUGCCCAGGGUUUGCCAGUGGGCCCACACCCAUCAGGACUCCCCCACCCUGGCCUGACCCUAGGCGGAGGGUCCGGCCUACUGGCCCUGUCUGGAGCUCUAGGCGCCCAACUGGCCGCCAAGGAUGAGAGAGCACACCUCGAAGCUGCCGCUGCUGCCGCUGCUGCUGCAGAGCACCACAGAGACCGGGAAGCAGGACCGAGCUCUCUGUCCAAUGGGGAUAAAGGGCGCCCAGCAGACUACCUCAGCAACGGCAAGAAGAGGAAAGCUGAUGAGAAGGAGUUCAUGACAGACUAUGGCAGCGAUGCAGAUAAGAGUGAUGAUAAUUUGGUCGUGGACGAGGACCCGUCAUCCCCUCGCAGCGUGCAGUCCUACUCAUCCAGGGAGAACGGCCUGGACAAGAUGCCCCCGUCCCGUAAGGAGGGCCCCCCACAAGCCAGCCCCACCUCCCUGGCCUCGUCCAGCAGCGCCACCUCCCCCUCCCGCAGCAAGGAGCCCCCACAGAGGGAGAAAUCCAGUACUCCAGGUAUGAAGCCGGGAACACCCAUGUCUCAAGAGUCGAACACGCCUGGACCUAGCGGCCCCCCGCAGUUCAGACCUGUCCCGGGUAAACCUGGUGUGGAUCCCCUUGCUCUGGGUUUGAGGAACCCUCUGGCUGUACAGGGAGCGUAUCCUCCUGGGGCGUUUGGCCUGCCUCCUCCGGGGGUGAACGGCGACCUGCCUGGGGCAGCGGGCUACGGCGCCGGUCUCCACUUAGUCUCCCCCCAGAUGAAUGGAGCUGCCGCGGCAGCAGCAGCGGCCGCCGCGGGCUAUGGACGGUCCCCUGUGGUGGGUUAUGAGUCUCCACACCCACAUAUGAGGGUCCCUGGGCUGCCUGCCAGCCUGCAGUCAGCCUCCGGAAAACCUGCCUACUCGUUUCAUGUGAGUGCAGAUGGACAGAUGCAGCCGGUGCCCUUUCCACCCGACGCCCUGUUGGGCCCGGGGAUCCCUCGCCACGCCCGUCAGAUCCACACCCUGAACCACGGAGAGGUGGUGUGCGCCGUCACCAUCAGCACGUCCACGCGUCACGUCUACACCGGAGGCAAAGGCUGCGUUAAGGUGUGGGACAUCAGCCAACCUGGCAGCAAGAGUCCCAUGGCCCAGCUGGACUGUCUGAACAGGGAUAACUACAUCCGUUCCUGCAAAUUACUAUCUGACGGACGGACGCUGAUUGUGGGUGGGGAGGCCAGCACUCUGUCCAUCUGGGAUCUGGCUACGCCCACCCCUCGCAUCAAAGCGGAGCUGACGUCGUCUGCCCCCGCCUGCUACGCCCUGGCCAUCUCCCCCGACAACAAGGUCUGCUUCUCCUGCUGCAGCGACGGCAACAUCGUGGUCUGGGACCUUCACAACCAAACUCUGGUCAGGCAGUUCCAGGGACACACAGACGGAGCGAGCUGCAUCGACAUCUCCAACGACGGCACCAAACUGUGGACGGGAGGACUGGACAACACGGUCCGCUGCUGGGACCUCCGAGAAGGACGCCAGCUCCAGCAGCACGACUUCACCUCACAAAUCUUCUCUCUGGGCUACUGUCCCACAGGCGAGUGGCUGGCUGUGGGAAUGGAGAGCAGUAAUGUGGAAGUCCUGCACGUCUCCAAACCCGACAAAUACCAGCUGCAUCUCCACGAGAGCUGCGUUCUCUCCCUCAAAUUUGCCUACUGUGGUAAAUGGUUUGUGAGUACAGGGAAAGAUAACCUCCUGAAUGCGUGGCGGACGCCGUAUGGAUCAAGCAUUUUCCAGUCGAAGGAGUCCUCGUCAGUGCUCAGCUGUGACAUCUCCCCUGACGACCAGUUCAUCGUCACCGGCUCAGGGGACAAGAAGGCCACAGUCUACGAGGUCAUCUACUGAACUCUGAUUGGCUGAAAUAACUUGAUAAUAAAUAACAGGGCUCGCUCCUGCACCAAUGACUGUACAGAGCGCCGGCGGCAUCGGAAACAAGAGACACUCGACUUCUACUUUGUUGUUUUUGUUUUCGUUUGUGAAAGAAAUGAGAGACAGAAGGAAAAGUGAAGGGGCACAAAGUCACAUCUCUGGAAAAAAAACAACGCUGAACUUUGUUUAUAAAGCUCUGAAAAUGCUGGUUAGACAAUAGCUGUGCAACUGUGGGAUUCCUCCAAAGAACUUUUGUUUUUGUUCCUUUUUUUCUCCCUUUUUUACAAAAAAAAAAAAAACAAAGUAAAACCUCUGUAGUGAACAAGAAAUUAGAAAAAAAAAAGAAAAAAAUAAAGUUAUUUUUUUAGCCUUUGAAUUUUUCGCAGACAGUCGGACCGCACCAUGUGGAUAGACAAGAGAAAGAAGACAGAGAUGGUGGACUGAAGUGGACUGGGACGGGUUCAGGUCCCAGUCUGCAUCAUGUUUUGACCUGGUUCAGGCUGGUCCGACCCGGCUCAGUUCAGUGCGGAGCUUGCGUGGCAGACGGCUGGUCGGGGUCCUGUGGGGGUCGGGGUACCGUGGGGGUCCAGCCCUUCUCCUCCUGGUUCGGUUUCAGCGGCACCAUGAUUGUAUCUUCUGUGACAGAACCGGGCUCCGUUUCCUCUCAAGUGUCCUGAGACCGAGUUUGUUUUUGUUCCCUGUAUUUGUUUUUGCUGUCGGUUUUUUUUUGUUUUUUU